GCUUGUCUUCCGAUAGAUAACGGAUUAUUCUAGGCAAAUACAUAAAAAAUUCAGUAUACAGUUCGCCACUUUCUUUCAACACUCCAUUUGCAGACAAAGAUGAGUUUCACUCAGUUUCAAAUAUCCGCUCUGAACCGCCAUAAUGAGCUGCGAGCUAAGCACUCUGCCCCGCCUUUGGUUCUGGAUCAAGAGUUAUGUGUUUCUGCUCAAAAAUGGGCUGACACGCUCCUAAAAUGGAACCGACUGCAACACAGCACCGAUAAAAAGUACGGUGAAAACCUGUACUACAGCUCCGGAAUGGCCGUGACUGGAGCAGCAGCGGUCGAUUCUUGGUACAGCGAAAUUAAAGACUACAGACACGGCGAGCCGAGUCCGUCUAAUUUCUCCCAGGUGGGUCACUUCACUCAAGUGGUAUGGAAGAGCACUCGGAAACUAGGAGUGGGCUUUGCCCAGCAAGGAUCGACGGUUUUUGUCGUGUGCACAUAUGACCCUCGCGGUAAUAUGAUGGGAACGUACCCCCAAAACAUAUCUAUUAACUAA